AUGUGGCGAGUUACAAAAACCAAGGUGGCCCCUGCCCGUGUGUCCCCGAACAUGCCCUCCUCCGUCAUGACCUCUGAGAUCAGUCUCUCCCCUUCCCAGCUAGACGCGGCCAUCAUGGAAAUGUUACAAAUCCGAGCUGGCGGUGAGAGCGGACUCGCGGCGGCCUGUAAAGGCAACCCCAUCACAGACUCCGGCAAACGGAAACAAAUGUGUCGUGUCUUUUCCGUGGUGUGCGUUCCGAUUGCGAUCUUAAUCGGCAUGACAGCCAACAUGUUCGGGUCCACACUGCAGGGUUACCUGGAUGCCACAUCGAUACGUGACGGUCUCCGAUUCAGCACCCAGCUCGGAACGCUCAUUCACCAGUUGCAGAAGGAACGCGACCAGAGCGCGCUAUAUCUUAGCGCAAUUGGACCGGAAACGAAACUCAAGCUGCUAAAAGCGUAUACAACGACUGACAUAACACUGGAGCAAUUGGACCAAUGGCCCAAAGCCGACAACAACAACCUCAAACAAUUCGAGAAGAAGGAAAUGUUUCAGGUGUUUCUGAAUCAGCACCGCUAUCGGUUGGACAACCUCAACCAAUCAGUGACAGAAGAGCUUCAUCAUUACACCAACAACAUCCUUGUUUUCAUAAACUGGCUGUACGACUCGAUCUCAGAGGCGCGUUCAGGGACUGUCUGGAGAAGUUUGGUGGCUUUCUUAGAAAUCACGGACGCCAAGGAAUCUCUGGGACUGGAACGCGCCCUUGGUGCCAUCUGCUUGGCUCGUGGCGGCUUCCCCACGUUUGACGACUACUUAUGGUUCGCUGAGAGUCAAGACGUCGCUAACGCCUCCUUCUCUUCAGCUAGACUUUUCUCCAAUAUCGCAGCCGACAUCUUCGACACUCUUGUGGAGAACAACAAGUCAUUUCUCACAGAUCUGAAUGAUCAGAGACUUGACCUUCGCCUGAACAUCUUGGACAGGAACGCGUCUAUACAAGAGGCUGAGAACUGGUUCGACAAGAUGUCAGUCUACCAGGAUGUUCUUCUGGAAACACAGAAGGCUCUGAUGGAUAAAAUCAUUGCGAAGCUAGAUGAGAGCGACGAAGAAGAUCUCACCAAGAUGAUUAUUAUCGCCGUGGUUUUUGGAUUAGUUCUUAUGAUGUGUCCUCUCAUCUUGCACAGAGUCUACUCUUUGACCACCGAGAUGCAAUGUUUCUCCGUUUCCCUAGCUGACAGGACAAAGGCUCUGAAGAAGGAGCAAAAGCGGACAAAUUCUUUGUUGUACCAGAUGCUUCCGAAAUCUGUGGCUGAGCAGCUGAAGAAGAACGAACAAGUGACCGCCGAGACGUUUGAGGAAGUCACCAUCUUUUUCUCGGACAUCGUUGGCUUCACGUCUCUCUCGGCUCGGUGCUCUCCCGUCCAAGUGGUUAACAUGCUGAACAGCCUGUACACGCUGUUUGACGACAGGAUCGACCAGUACGACGUGUACAAGGUGGAGACCAUCGGGGACGCUUACAUGGUAACCUCUGGUUUGCCCCGAAGGAACGGCAAACGUCACGCCGCCGAGAUCGGAUCGAUGGCCCUGGACCUGGUGGACAACAUCACCAGCAUAGAGAUCCCCCACCUGCCGGGAACACACUUCAAGCUCCGCGUCGGUCUUCACACAGGUCCAGUCGUUGCUGGCAUCGUUGGGUAUAAGAUGCCGAGAUAUUGCCUGUUUGGAGAAAGCGUCACUAUUGCCUCCCGCAUGGAAUCUCUGGGUGAAGCCAUGAAGAUUCACGUUUCCCAGCCUACCUUUGACGUUCUGCGGGAACUCGGGGGUUUCGAACUGGAGCUACGGGAAAAUGACGUCAUCGUUAGGGAUCGGGCACUGGCCGUAUCUCUGAAGGGAAAUCUGAGAACUUUCUGGCUUGUAGGACGAGUGGGGAUGGUCCGAAAACCCAAGGCUGCUACAUCGUCAGUGUCGGACCUUUCUGAAGAGGACGACAAUUUAGGUCAAGAGUAA